AUGGGGAGCACGUGGUUCUGCGCAUCGUCGCCGCCGUAUCUGGAAACGGCCGAGCGACGAUCCUCCCAGCCACAGGUGCUAGCAGCCGCCCUGCCCUCCUUCGCACCUUCCCGCACCGCAAACGGCUUCCCUGCCACGCUAGACCAGCUCGAUUUCCAUCCACCGACACCCAGCGCUUUCCAGGCGCCACCGAUUGUGAGCUGGACAGACCAUUAUUCACACGCUCACCCGCGGGAUAUCAACCCGCCGCCAUCUCCAUCUUCCUUGGCUUACCAUCAUCCUCUCGAGACGCUCUCCUCCACGUCCGCCAUGGCCAUCAUCGCGUUGAACAGACCCGUUCCGACACCGCCCGUUUUCCCAGCGCCUCCUCCGGUAUAUACACCGGAAGACGCCCAUGCCGGCCUUGAAGACGCCCAAACGCCGUCUUCGACGUCCAGCGCUGGGCGUACCCGCGAGAAGCGCCAUGCCUGCUGGAUGUGUCAUAAAGCUUUUGACCGCCCCAGCACCCUACGCAAGCAUCUCCUUGUUCACACCGGCGAAAAGGCCUUCGCCUGCGACAAAUGCGGUCGUCGGUUUGGCGUUCUAUCCAAUCUCAACCGGCACCUCCGCAAGUGUUCCCCGGCCGAGGUGAACGCGUCCGAUAGUGCGGCCCCCGCAGCAGAGUCGUCCCCUGGUUCUACUGCCUCUCCUGCGGCCAGUGCAGAUUCCCCUACGACAGUCGCUCUUGAUACUGUGCCUGUACGGGGUCGUACUUCAGCUACAAUUGACGCCGCCGGUUCUGGCGGUGCCUCGACCAACCGCAAGCGUCGCACCCGCCGUGCACCGUCGCCUGAGCGCUGGGUGCCAGAGAGUCUGAGAUCGUUCAAUCUCACGACGGUGGACAUGGGAUGCUCGGUACCGCUUCCUCCGGUCUUGCCGUCGCAUGGCCAUGCAGGCAUCGUCGAGGAGCGUGACUCGUACGACGAACUUCCCAGUGACAAGCCGUACCACCCGGACGGCUGGCGAGGACGGCUUCCCGGGCCCGGUCUGCGCGAUAUCAUCAACUCGGGCAUAUCGAGCAUGGGUAUGGGCCGGCUCGUAUUCUUCUGA